AUGGCUACGACCGAGACCGCCGGAUUGCAGCUGGAAAACAUUCCUCAUGCGCCGGAGACCAUUUCAGAUGCAUCGCUCAAUAUGUCCUGUGCGAUGUCGUCGUCCCCUUUGCGUGACCUAGAGGAUGGUGCUCCCUUUUCUAUCGACGGCUAUGAAGGCGUCGAUUGGAAUCGCCUGUCGGGCUUUUCGAUCAGCAAGCAUCGGAAGCGGCCGCGCACAAGCUGGGUAUGGGAGUAUGGAUACGAUGUCGAAAACGACCGGACCGGCCAUAGAUAUUGGGUAUGCAAGAUGUGCCACCGGAAAAGGACCACCACAACCCACGUUUACGACGCUGCAUCGACGAGCCAAGCAAGCGGCCAUAUGGUGGACACCCACCGCAUCAACAAAGACGGCCCAAUGCCGCCGCGCGAGAAAAGACAGCGCACCCUCUUCAGCAUGGCUAACCUGGAUGCGCAUCAACCAAGACAGCAAGCAUUGAUGAACGCUUUUAUCGCGUCGUUUGAACCGGCACACUUUCGGCACCUCCUGAUCCGAUGGGUGGCAUGUGACAACGUACCCUUCCAUAAGCUCGAAAGCCCGCAUUUUCGCGAGCUUAUGGCGUAUGCAAACAGCUCCAUAGUCGACUCAGGGAGUCUCCCUACCCAUACGACGAUUCGAGAAUGGAUUUUGCGGUCGUUCAGUCGCUAUAAGGGUAUCGUGACGGAGCUCCUCGGCCGGUCGCUCAGUCGCAUAAAUGUUUCAUUCGAUGCCUGGUCAUCCCGAAAGUUCACCUCCCUACUCGGUCUGACAGUCCAUUUUAUCGAUGACGAAGGUGUAUUCCGUACAUUUUUGCUAGGCCUCCCACGAAUCGAGGGUCGUCACAGUGGCGAGAACCUGGCCGAGCGAGUUAGCGAAAUAAUACAUGAAUAUGGCUUUGAGAACCGCGUCGGGUAUUUUGUCACAGAUAAUGCGGAGAGUAACGAUACCUGCCUUGCACAUCUGGGGAGUGAGAUGGGAUUCGAGAAACCGCACCGGCGGCUGCGCUGCUGCGGUCAUAUCAUCAACCUUGUCGCCCGCUCUAUCCUUUUUGGAACGGAUGCGGACGCCUUCGAAGAGGACUGCCAGGCUAAUAAGGAAAUCCAAGAUGAUGUUAAAUUAUGGAGAUCCAAAGGACCCAUAGGUAAACUACACAACAUUGUCCACUGGGUGCAGAGGUCGGGACAACGGAUCGAGAAGCUCCACAAGCUUCAGUCUAUUGAGAACAUUGCUUUGGGCCAGGAUGACCGAACAACUUAUGACGUUGUCAUGGAUAACGCUACUCGCUGGAAUUCGUCAGAGGGUAUGAUGGAGCGAGGAUAUCGGCUUUGGAAUGCGCUUGACUCGUUGGUCCAGGCGCAGGUGACGGAAUGGGAACAGUACGUUGACCGAAAGACUCGAAAUGGAACAAAGCCGAUGCCGGGGAAGAGUCGUCCGAAGCCUGCGAUCGUUGAUGACAAGAUGUCCGCGGAGGAUUGGUCGGUGAUUGCCGAGUAUCUUGCUAUCCUCAAGCCACUGAAGAUAGCAACCAAGCGUCUGGAGGGCCGGCCUAGAGAAGGCAAGUUUGGCGCGAUCUGGGAGGUGUUGUUAACGAUGGAAUGGCUUUUGAAGCACUUGGAAGAGUCAAAGUUCCGGCACGAGCGGGAUGAGGAGCCGUAUUUGCGAAUCGGCUGCAAUCUCGGAUGGAUGAAGCUAGACGAAUACUACUCUCUGACAGACGAGAGCCCGGCAUAUCUAGCUUCUCUUGUACUACAUCCGGCGUAUCGAUGGACCACGGUUGAGUCGCAAUGGGCGGAUCGGCCGGAGUGGAUAGCAAGAGGGAAGGCGGCUGUGGAGGAGUUGUGGAGUCAGUACCGAGAUCUGUCGGUCGAACAAGAGAGCUUGCCGGACCAGCCGACGGUGCCGAGGAAGUUGAGCGACUUGGACGAUUAUAUGGCCUCAGUUAGGAAGCUCAGUACCCAGCCUGUGCCAUCAACGUCGACGAUGCGAGAUGAGUAUGCGGAGUGGGUGGCGACGGUAGACCCCGGGGAUUGUCUGGUGGAAGACGCUGUUCAGUACUGGCUUCUCAGGCGGCGCCAGUAUCCACGGCUAUCACGAAUGGCAAUCGACCUCUUUUCGGUGCCGGCGAUGUCGUCAGAGCCUGAACGGAUCUUCAGCCUUACGGGGCAGAUGGUUUCGGCGCAGAGGGGCCGGCUGAAGGCGGAUCUGAUCGGGGCGGCGCAAUGCAUAUCUUCGUGGGAAAGGAGUGGAAUUAUCCAAAUGGGACAAACAAAUCAAAUCUGGAAGAGCGCCAAUUCAAAUAAAUCAGAUUGA